AUGUUUGGACCGCCUCAACUCGACGAAGCGACCAUAAGGCCCAUCGACUUCAACCGCACCUCCCCAUUCCACGAAGCAAUCGAAAUUCUCACUUCCUGGAUCAAGGCGGGAGUCUACGAAGAUUUCCACGAGUACGGCUUGGACAACCCGGAUCCCACGCCCAACGAUCAGCUCUGGGCGCGCCACCAGCUAACCGUGAUCGAGGAGCCAGCCACGCUGGACGGGACUUCGUUGGACGAAGUGCGGGGGGCAUUUUGA